AUUUCAAAAGUCUUGAAUCAGCUGCUUGGCUGGCAUUUGUGGUACUCACACUAAACUGUAUUGACCAACUGAAGCAGGAUGAAUAAUGUAAAAAGGGACCAACCUCACCAGGAUUUUGAGGAGAUGUCUGCGCUUAGCAAGAAAGAAGACAAUGUUCCAGAAAUCAUAGGAACCCGAUGUUUGCGGAACCGAGAGCUCCUCAGGAAAAGAAAAGCUGAAGCUCAAGAAAGACAAACACCACAGUUGCUUGGAUCACAAAAUCAAAGCAAACGACAAAGAACAGCAAAAAGCCGAGGCCAACCACAAACUAAAGAAGCAAAGAAGGAGCCUUCCCUACAAGUUGUGAGUGUGGAACAGGAAGAAAAAGCAAAGAAAGAACUACCAUGUCUACAGCAACAGGAGUCACUGGUGACUGCCACCAAGGACUUUGACUCUACAGAAAACCAAGAAGCAACUGUGAUAGAACAAGUCCCUAAAACAUAUCAACAUGAAGCUAUGCCGCAAAACUACACAACAGAAACAUACCAAGAAACUUCUGAGUCUAAAGAUCUCUCUCCUAAAACAUGCCAGGAAACAGCUGUAUCUGAAAACCAUACAUCUACAGCAUACCAAGAAACCACUGUAUUUAAAGAGAUGCCUCCUACAACAUGCCAAGAAGCAGUUGAACCUGUAUCUUUCUCUCUUAAAAGGUAUCAAGAAAAAUCUCUUUCUAAAGAUUGCCCUCCAAAAAUAAGACAAGAAACAGUCAUCACUGGAAAUUCUGAACCUAAGGGAUGCCAAGAAGCAGCUGUAGCUGAAGAGCUUUUUCCUGAAACAUGCCAGGAAACAGCUUUGCCUGAAAAGCAUACCUCUACAACAUACCAAGAAACCACUGGGUUUAAAGAACUGUCUCCUAACACAUGCCAAGAAACAGAUGUAUGUGAAUCUUUCUCUCCUAAAAGAUAUCAAGAAAAACCUCUUCCUAAAGAAUGCUCUCCAAAAAUACAUCAAGAAACAGCUAUCCCUCAAAACUCUGCACCUACAAGAUUCCAAGAAACAAUUGUCCCUGGAGAGCUUUCUCCUAAACCGUGUCAAGAAAUAGAUGUGUCUGCAAAAAGCACCCUUGAAACCUACCAAGAAGCCUCUGCACUAGAAGGUCUUUCUCCUCAAAAAAGCCAAGAAGUAGCUGUGCCUGAAAAGCAUACCUCUACAACAUACCAAGAAACCACUGGGUUUAAAUCACCAUCUCCUAAAACAUACCAAGGAACAGUUGUAUGUGAAUCUUUCUCUCCUAAAAGAUAUCAAGAAACAGAUGUUUUUAAAGAUUGCUUUCCAAAAAUACAUCAAAAAACAGCUAUCACUGAAAAUACUCUUGACACAUACCAAGAAAUGGAUGUGCCUGAAGAUCUCUCUCCCAGACCGUUCCAAGAAAGAAUGAGAACUGAAAAUUCUUCACUGAAAAGAUGCCAGGAAACAGCCACUUGUGAAGCAUUUUCUUCUAAAACAUGCCAAGAGAUAGCUGUGCCUGAAAAAAACACCCUAAAAACUUGCCAAGAGAUAGUUGUACCUGGAUCUUUCUCUUCUAAAAGAUACCAAGAAACAGCUGUUCCUAAAGAUUGCUCUCUGAAAACACACCAAGAAACAGCUAUCACUGAAAACUAUGCACCCAAGAGAAGCCAAGAAACAGCUAUUCCUGGAGAAGUUUCUCCAAAAACAUACCGGGAAACAGCUGUAUCUGAAAAAUACACCCUUAAAACAUACCAAGAAACAGCUGUGCCAGAAAAACAUACCUCUAUAACAUGUCAAGAAGCAGUUGUGCCUAAAGAUUGCUCUCCUGAGACAUGCCAGGAAAGAGCAAUGUCUGAAAAAGAUGUUCCUAAAAUGUAUCAAGGAACAACUGUGUGUGAAAGUAGCUUCCCUAAAUCAUUCCAGGAAAUAGAGGUACUGGAAGAACAUACCUCUAGCACACACCAAGAAACAGCUGUGCCCAAAGAUCUUCCUCCUAAAACACACCAGGAAAGAGUUAUGCCUGAAAAAUAUACCCCUAAAGCCUACCAAGAAAUAGCCGGACAUGAAGUUUUUUAUACUAAAACAUGCCAGGAAAAAAAUGUAUUUGAAAAGCAGGCCCUUAAGAUGUCUCAAGAAAGGAUUGUGCCUGAAGAUCCUUUGCUUAAAAAAUGCCAAGAAAGAAAUGGAAUUAAAGAGUAUCCUUUGGAAACAUACCAAGAUACCAAGAUGGCCAAAGAUCUCACGCCUAAUAUCAGCCAGAAAAUAUCUGUGUUUGAAAAAUAUGUCCCUAAAACAUACCAAGAAGCAGAUAUGCCUAAGACUCUUUUGGCUAAAAUAUGUCACAAGACAGCUGGUCCUGAAGAACGUCAUACUGAAACAUGCCUCCCAAAUGAUAUACCUGAAGUUCAGGAUCCUGGAACACAUGGAGAAACUGCUACAGCAAUCAUUUGCCUUCCAAAGUUGAAAAAAAUAACAAAAGCAGAGGAACCAGAAAAGCCUGCAAUUCUGAAUCUUUCCCAGGAGGAUAAUGCAGAGAUUGAUUACUACAGAUUUCAACAACUACCUCAACCAUAAUAGUUUUAAACUAAAGAUAUAGUAUUCUAAUGUUUUAAAUGCACAAUUUCUCUAAGUGCAAUAAAGUAUAGAUCUCUAUGAUAUUCAAUAAUAAUUUAAUUCAAGGGUAUUUUCCUAUUUGCACUCUAUAUUUAACAAAUCUAAAGACCUGUCUUCAGCUAUGGUGACUCAUUUGUGUGUGCUGGGGAAUUAGGGAUAGUUUGGAGCAGAUUGGAUAAGGGUGGGAGGAAAAGGGAGGAAAAAUAUCUGAGGACUAUCCUUUUGUCCCUCAGAAAACAAAAUUGUUUUAAUUAAUUCUUGAUAUUAAGAGAUUAGGAACCAGGAACAUUUCAAACCUUUCUUUGGCAGUUUCUCAUUUUCUAGUAAACUUAAUUCAAAUAUUAACAUAGUAAUAAUUUCAUUAUUUUGCUUAGGCUUUUUAAAAAGUUGGUUGUCUUAUUAGUGUAGCAGUUUUACUUACUACUGUAGGAUCCUCAAAAACCUACCUGAUGUGUGCAUAAUAGCUAAUUUUUGUGUGUUUUGGUUUGAUCUAUUUUUAACUAAAUAAAAAUUUUAUGUA